AAUUUAACAAAUUUAAAAUUUGAGAUUAAAAUUGAAUAGAUAUUAAUUUACAGUUUAUAAAUUAAAUAUUUCAUGAGAAUAAUAUAUUUGAAAAGGACAGUACUUAAGAAAAAGUUGUGUCAUUCUUGCUCGCUAUAUUUUUACUUACUUUCAACGUAAUCUUCCAGAAAAAAUGAUUCGUCGCAGCCCAACGAGAAUUGAAUUUCGUGUUGAAGAUUUGGCGGAAUAUGAUCAAUUGAAAAAAGAACGCGAGGGUAAAAAGGAAAAUGAUCGACAAACUGGUUUUAAUCCAUCGUCAUGGGGUGGAAAAAUUUCUCAAAGUGAAAUUCACGAAAGAAUUGGAUUUGUCUCACAACAAGCACCCACAACUAUUGAAAGGCAUAAUAUUUAAGAAAAAAGAAAAUUUAAUUUUUAAAUGUAAAAUUAAGAAAUUUUAAAUUAAUGAUUAUUAAGAAUAAUUUCCAAUAACAAAGAAUGAUAAUUAUAGAAUAAUUAAUAUAAUAAUAAUAAUAAUAAUAAUAAUAAUAAUAAAUAAAUAAUUGAUAAUAAAAUAUUGAUUAAACAAU